AUGGUCAAAGCUGGAAAAAAGGUAUGGAUGGUUGCAUUUCUUGGGGUGACAAUCCCCUUCGUGAUCACGUCAUUUGUGUUCUCUUACAUCAAAGCAAAUAUGGGUUCACUACUACAAGUACAUUCUGCAACUUCCAUGAUUAUUUUUUCAAGUAUGGUUUUCACAUCGUUCCAAGUUAUUCACUUCAUUCUAACAGACGUGAAGCUUAUGAGCUCGGAAAUUGGACGUCUUGCCUUAACAAUCGCGGUACUAAGUGAUUUCUUUGGGUUAACUAUGGUUGUUGUUUUCGAAGCAUUUGAGCAAGGAGAAAAAGAGAAGCAUUAUUUGUGGUACUUCAUGUCAUCUGUUUUUGUAAUUAUUUCCUUAUUAGUAGUUAGCCUACCACAAGUAGUAAAAUGGAUUAAUAAGCGAACUCCUGAGGGUAAAUCUGUGGACCAAAAUUAUAUCGUUGCUACUUUGCUAACAGUUUUUGUUAUUGGGUUUUUCACGGAUUAUAUUGGAGCUGCGGUUGGAACUGGGCCUAUUUGGCUUGGGCUUGCUAUGCCUAAUGGGCCCCCAAUGGGCGCAGCCAUUAAGCAAAAAACAGAGAUUGUUUUGAAUUACAUUCUUAUGCCUUUUGCAUAUGCUACUGUUGGACUUAAUACGGACGUGUUUGCAGUGAUUGAAUCUUGGAAUAGCUUAGUUCCCAUGUUUCUAGUGGUUUUAUUUGUUUUUUUUGCAAAGCUUGUUACAAAUGCUAUGUUGGCCCCAUUUAUGGAGAUAUCGUAUAAGGAUUCGUUUAUUUUAAGCAUCAUGCUUAGCUUUAAAGGUCAAACGGAUUAUUUUCUCUGUCUUCACUGGAUGGAUUUAAAGAUCAUAGAGACACCAUCUUUUACAAUGUUAGUGACUCUGUCAACUAUAGAGACAGCCAUAUUCUGCCCAAUAAUCGACUACAUGUAUGAUCCAAAAAAGUCAUACUUGAUCAACAUACAAAGAACCAUUGAACACACAAUGCAAGGCUCUGAACUUCGAAUCCUAGCAUGCAUUUACGACCAAGAAAGUGUGGCUAGCCUAUUUAGCCUUUUAGACUUUGCAAAUCCAACUUCAAGCAACCCAUUUAAGGUGUACACUCUCUACCUUAUCGAACUCUUAGGCCGAGGCACCCCGAUGCUCAUCGACCACGCAAAGAAUACUAACGUAGUCUAUUGGGACAACAACAACGAGGUCAUACAUAAUGCUAUCAAGCACUACGCCGAGGCUCGCACGAAUACCAUUACUAUGAGAAGUUUUACAAGUGUUACCCCUAGUCGUACAAUGUACCAAGAUAUAUGUGAUAUGGCCUUGUUGUACAAGGUUAAAUUUAUAAUUUUACCCUUCCAUAAGAAAAGUAUUAAAGAUGGGAGUGAAUUUUCAACUGAAGUAAGGCCAGGGGUACAAUCGUCUAAUGCUAAUAUAUUAUCUAAUGCACCUUGCUCUGUGGGAAUUUUGGCAUGUAAAAAUGAUGAUAUAUGGGGAACAAAUUCAAGUCCAAUAUUUCUUCGGAUACAUUGCCAAUUUGUCAUGCUAUUCCUUGGUGGGCAUGAUGCUCGUGAGGCCCUUUCGUUGGCGGGUCGUAUGGCGGAACAUCCUAAUGUGUCGUUGAUUGUUUUUCGAAUCUUGCCAAGUGAAGAUAGAGAGUAUAAUAAGUCGGAAAGAAAGAUGGAUGAUGGAGUGGUAGCCUGUUUUGAGGUACAAAAUGAGUGGAAUGAUAGAGUAGUGUACAAGGAAGUUUUUGUGGACAAUGGUCUUGAUACGGUUUCGGCUUUACAAUCGUUGAACAAUAGCAUUCCAGUAGAUCUUUGGAUUGUUGGGAGAAAAAAUGGAAUUGAUUCGAUUUUAUUGAAGGGUCUAUCAGAUUGGAGUGACAAUCCUGAAUUAGGAUUAAUAGGCGAUUUUUUGGUGUCAAUGGAUGUUAAUACCCUAGGAGGAUCUGUAUUGAUAGUGCAACAACAAAUGUUAAGAAAUCCAGAAUCCAUACCAUGGGGUUGUUAG